UAAGUUUGUUGCCGCGAGCCAAUCGCAAGCUCCAUCACCAGUGCUUUCCAGCUGUUCGCGACCCAUCCCAGAUCCAAAUCCAAUAGUGUAUCAGUAUCCAUUGUUGCGACUCUGAUUGCAUCGAUCCGCCAAGGAGCACAGAGCUCGGCGCCUGCAAAUGAUUGGUGUCUGCCGAGAUCUGUCCCAAGCUGAAUCUCUCACAUCUCCACUAAGAAGGAGGGGCACUGCUCGAGGUGUGCAGUCGAGGGGACUAUAAAUUGCUGCAGAUCAUCGAAGAGCCCCUUGACCGUUUUGAUCUCCAGCAUCCUCGGGUCUCUAUAUACGAAAGAAAACAUCGCUCAAUUCGUAUCCAAACUCCACCAUGGUCGCUCAAGUGCUAACUAUCCGCAAUCUCACCUCCACUCCCAUUGAGUUGAAGCUAGUGGAACGCUUCCACCCGCAAGAGAAACCCAAACAAGAUGGCAUUCAGUCUUUUGGGGCCAUGGCCAAGAAUUUCGCGCGCGCUGUGACUGACGCCGCGACUAAUGUGACUCGUUCCAACAACACUGCUGAGCCACUUGCCAAUGAUGCUCAACCCUUUGCCCACCAGGAUGUGAACAUUCGUGUAGAGCCCUUUUCGACAAACAAAACAGAUGUAAAGACAUUCGAGAAUGAUGACAAAGAACGUCUACGCCUAUCGUUCGAAGUCGAUGGCGAACGACACCAGAUUACUAUCCCGGUCCCCACUGUUGAGUCGGCUGAAAUGAAAGUAUUGUCAGACAAUCCUCGCCACAGACUGACUGGUGUUUUUGUUACACAAGAGUCCCAUCUCGCAAUCUUCUCCUCUGCGAAUCUGAACGCCUGGAUGCGUGAGCAGCGUGACGAUAUCCCGCUCUCUGCGUUCUCAAUUCCGGGCACACACAACUCGCCUACCCAUCACAUAGCUCCGCCCUCAGUCCGUUGCCAGGCAGUCAGUCCCAAGGAGCAGCUAGAGAAUGGAGUGCGGUUCUUUGAUAUUCGCGUGCAACCCCAGUACCCGGAUGACCCGUCGAAAGACGAGCUCAUCCUUGUGCACAGCGCCUUCCCCAUCUCACUUUCUGGCAACAAAUACUUCAAAGACUUGAUGCGCGAUGUCGACGAUUUCCUCAACCGAAACCCUUCUGAGACUUUGAUCAUUUCUCUAAAGAAAGAAGGCACCGGAAACGCCACAGACGAGCAACUUAGUCGGAUUGUCCGCGACCAUUAUGCCAAACCAGACAGCCGCUGGUUUACCGACCCCAGAAUCCCUAACCUAGGCGAGGUCCGGGGUAAGAUUGUUCUCGUGAGACGCUUCAACCUAGAAGAUCGCUUGAAAGGGGAGAAUGACGGGCGAGGCUUCGGCAUAGAUGCUGGCGGAUGGGCUGACAACACCCCCAACGCGACCUGUCCAAGCGGCUUGCUUUGCAUCCAAGAUUUCUACGAGGUUCUAGAGACCGAAAACAUCGAAAAGAAGAUACAAUACGUCAGUGAGCACAUCGGCCGUGCAGGUUGUGUUCGAUACCCCUUUGGAAACGGUGAUCCGAACCAGAAGCAUCCUUUCUACAUCAACUUCCUCAGCGCCAGCAACUUCUGGAAGACACAGACUUGGCCGGAGAAGAUUGCUGCCAAGCUGAACCCAGCUGCUACCAAAUAUAUCUGCUUGCAACAUUGCGAUCACCCUGAUGGUGACUGGGGCACCGGUAUUCUUGUCACAGAUUGGGUCGGAUUGGACGGGGACUGGGAUCUCGUUCGCUGUAUUGUGGGCAUGAACGCAAAAUUGAAGCUAAGACAAAACUAAAUCAGCCGUAUUUGGCUUCUCAUGUCUUUUUGUGAAUAACAGAAUCUAACAAAAUUCAAGAUCUUAUUUAUAAAAAUUUUCAGC